AUGGAGUCUUCAAUAGAUCAAGUCGCUGCAAAGUGUGGCAAGCAGCUCGACACUUUUCAGCGCUGCAUCCUCGCCAACCAGCAAAACCCUGGCGCAUGCGAGCCAUACAAGGCCGAACUCUCACGCUGUGCUGCUGCGGCCGUCCCGCUGCUCAACGAGAUCAAAAAUCGAUGCGUCUCCCAAGUGAUUGCGUACGACAAGUGUCUCGAACAGUACACGUCCAAAGGCGACGCCGAGCUAGAGAAGAAUUGCACGCCCAAGUUGCGCGAUCUGUGGUUCUGCACCGAAAAGGUCAAGCGCGAGAUCGAGAGCAAGGACAACUUUGAGCUGCAGAAGAGCAGGCAGGCGGGCAAGGAGGCGCUCUCAAAGUAA